CUGCUCAACUGGUGUAAACAGAAUUUCAAUUGUCCUCAUUUACCAGCUCAUAUUUUCUUUUCGUACACUUUCCCAUUCAGUCUCCCUCAAUUUCUUCAUUACUCGUAUACGUCUGUGACCGCACAAUCUCCGCGUUCCUCUCAAUAUGGCCAACCAAAAGUUCAAACUCCUCUGUCUGGAGAACCCACUUCUCGACAUCCAAGGACAAGGUGACGAGGCAAUGCUCCAACAAUACGGCCUCAAACUCGACGACACUCUCCUCGUCGAACCCCACCAGAUGGGCCUCUACGACGACCUGAUCAAGAACCACAAUGCGAAACUCAUCCCGGGAGGGGCGGCCCAGAACACCGCCCGUGGUGCCCAGUACAUGCUCCCACCCAACUCGGUCUUUUACAUUGGUUGCGUCGGCGACGACGAGUACGCAAAGAUUCUCCGUGAAAAGUGCGCCGAACAAGGUCUUCACGUCGAGUACAUGGUCGACACCUCGACGCCCACCGGGAAAUGCGGAGUCGUCAUCACCGGCCACCACCGGACCAUGUGCACCCACCUCGCCGCGGCCAACAACUACAAACUCGAGCACCUCCAACAGCCGCGCAUCUGGUCGAUGGUCGAGUCCACCGACGUCUACUACGUCGGCGGCUACCACCUGACCGUGUGCCCGCCGGCCGCCAUGGCCGUGGCCAAGCACGCCGCCGCCAACAACAAGACCUUCAUGCUCUCCCUGUCGGCCGGCUUCAUCCCCCAGUUCUUCAAGGACCAACUCGCCGAACUCAUGCCCUACACCGACUACGUCUUCGGCAACGAGAACGAGGCCAAGACCUGGGCCGAGUCGCAGGGGAAGAGUGGGAUCAGCAUGGCCGAGUGCGCCAAACUCAUGGCCGAGACACCCAAGGUCAACACCCAAAGACCCCGGAUCGUCAUCGUCACCCAGGGCACCGACCCCACCAUCGUGGCCAUCAAGGGCCAGGACAAAGAAGCCGAGGUCAAGGAGUACCCCGUCCCCGUCAUCGAGAAGGAGCUCAUCAACGACACCAACGGCGCCGGUGACGCCUUCGCCGGUGGCUUCUGCGCCGGCGUCGUCGAGGGUGAUUCUCUGGAGACGUGCAUAAAGAAGGGCCAGUGGUUGGCCAGGCUGGGUCUGCAAGAAUUGGGUCCUUCAUACCCAAUCCCCAAGCAGAGUUUCAAGGCAUAAAGGAUGAUGGCUACCACAUUGAUUUUGUAACACUAAAAGCGUUCUGAUUUUGGUACGAUACGGUCUAUUUCAACAAGACCAGAGGUACUCUUGGCAUGAUACCACGCACGUCCUCCACGACAUGAUGAUGAAGAAGCUGCACUACAAUAUAGAGCCAGGAAGGACCCUUUGCGGCCCAAGAACUUGCAGCAUGAGAGCGUUCACCACAAAUAGAUAGAAAAGAUGAGAUGCAAUAGAUCCAGAUGGCCCAUUGACUUUCACCCUGAAUGUCUACUCUGCAGUUGCAAUAGCAAUAGCACUGGCUCGGUCUCUGUGCUGUGCGAAAAAUUGCUUUCAGAACUGGAGAUUGUUUGGUGGCAUCGGCCAUUCUGGCGACUCAAGAGUGCAGCCACACAACUUGUGACCAGUGCCCAAAUUUCUCAUGUGAUGGGCAGAGUUAAGGCACAUCUUAGCCUCUCCUCGCAAGAUCCUUACUCAUUGACUCGGCUUGAGACUUUUCAUAGUA